AUGCCACUUGAGUCAAGGGCAAUUCUCAACGCGACUAGGCCGGUCGCUCGUGUGAUGUCAAUCCCCGAACUCUUUGCAGUCAUCAUGCACUUCGCGCUCGACGUCUACAUGCCAUCAAUUCUGCCUCAUAUUCUCUGCAAACGCUUCGAUAAACCCGAACCCGUGGUGGGAACGCGAAGACUUGGCGCUGCUGUCGUAGUGUCGCACGUCUGUUCGGCAUGGAGGGCGAUCUGUAUCGGCACGCCUACGCUCUGGGCAAGACUGAUAGGCCAGGUGCCUUCGGCAAUUAAUGAGUUCGUCGCUCGGUCUGGACAGAGUCAAGUCGACAUACACAGUGCCACUGUUCCGUCUAUCCACUCAGGACGCAUCAGGAGUCUAAUCUGGAGCACCGAUACCGAAGCCUUUCGCGAUGAUGAGAGCAAAGGUUUCAUGCAAAGUAUCCUUCGCAAACCUUUGCACAACCUCGUCAGCUUGGACCUCGAUAUGGUCUGGUGGUGCCGCUCUCCUACCUUCGAUGAUGUUGAUGUGCUUGAUGUGCCUCAACUGACCAGAUUGAAGUUGUGGCACACAAGGACAUUGCUCUUGCACACCCUAUUUCGUGCGCCCAGAUUGAAAGAGCUGUCGAUCUUGGACGUCGUUCUGUCCAUUACGUGGAUUCUGAAUCUUCUUGACAUUUCACGAUUGCUAGACACCUUGAUGGUGAUGAAUUGCGGAUACGUAGCGCAAGAGCUUGACGACUCGCCUCGGACGCAGAAACUAGAACUUCCAAAUCUCCAAACACUCGGUCUCUUUGACGACAACGACAUUUCCGCCGCAAGAGUCUUCUGUCAACUUCUUAUCUUACUAUGCCACCGACCGACGAUUUUCCAAGCGUUCCUAGAGAUAGGUUGGACAGAAUCACUCCUGCUCGUAUGCCUUCGCCAUUUGCUCAUACGGGACGCCCCAAACUGCUUGUAUGUCGAAGAUGGGAUGGAAAUACAUGCCGAUAUGGACGUGAGCACGCCUAGGGGCCUCGGAAAUUUGGGCCACUCGGAGUCGUAUAACCGGUCCUAUGUCACGUGCUAUGACCGGAUAUGGUUCCUAGAAGCGAUUCCCUCACUCGGAAUCAAGCAAGAGCUAUCUAAUAUCACGGCCUUGGUCAUACACACUGACGGCGUAGACCUCUUCAACAAGGAUGAGGCAACCUUGCGCCUGAUGAUGCAUGCUCUUCCACAUGUUGAGACGUAUUGGUUCGUUGGCCCUACACCCACGCCGAACCGAACGCGGGAUUCGAGCAGGGUGUACACCUGCAUGUGGCGAAGUCUAUAUCCCGCUGAAGGGGCCGACGAUGAAGACCAAUUGCCGCUUCCGCGUCUUCGUGUUCUGGGCGUGAACUUCCCCAUGGACGAUUCCGAGCAGCUGCUCGACGACAUCGUUGAUAUCCUCGCCAUCCGCGAAGGCGCCGGUUCAGAAGUCCUGGAGCUUCUGUCUCUUCCCUGGAUCCCUCGGCCAAGCGAAGACGUCGUCGAUGAAGUGUCUUCGUUUGCAAAGCAGAUCCAUUGGGCGUUCGUUGAUUCGGAAGCUGGUGAUGCGGACAACAAGGAAUGA